AUGGAAUGCAAAAAUCUGCCUGAAUGAGAAAAUGAAAUACGAGAACCCAAACUUUUGUAUUGAUACGUAUCCCUGAAGUCUUUAGACAAACGAGCCACAAAUCCCAGUUUCCAGCUGCAGCUGUCUGAGGUCUGGGUGUCUAAAAAUCAAGCAUGCUACGCAAAUGGAAAAUCCGCCAACCCUGCUGUAAGUGUAAGUGUGUCUAAUGUGAAGCAGAUAUAA